AUGGAGGAUGCUGAUACAGACAUUGCCAUUAUUGGUAUAGGAUGCAAUUUCCCUGGAGGCGAGGGAGUUGACAGUUUCUGGAGGGUGCUACUUCAGGGUAAAAACUGUGCUGUGCAGAUACCAGAUGAGCGAUUUAAUCUUUCCCAUUGGUAUGACCCAGAUGAUAAUAAGCCAGGAAAGUCUCGCACAGCAAAAGCUGCUCUCCUUGAUGGAUUUAAUGCGUUUGAUCACAAGUUCUUUGGCAUCACUGAUGCUGAGGUGGACCAAAUGGACCCUCAACAUAAACUUCUGUUGCAGUGUACCUACAGAGCACUGGAGGAUGCUGGGAUACCAAUGGAGAAAGCAAGUGGAACCAAAACAGGGGUGUUUCUAGGUCUAAUGAACAGAGAUUAUGAGCUCUCCACAAUAAAUGUACAUCCAAAUAUCAUUAACCACUGCACUGGCACUGGUAUAGCCAUGAGCAUUGCAGCUAAUCGUAUUUCAUACACCUACAACUUUACUGGACCCUCAUUGUCCAUUGACUGUGCCUGUUCCUCUUCACUUGUGGCACUCCACUUUGCAUGCCAAGCUAUCAGACAAGGAGACUGUGAAAUGGCUGUAUGUGGGGGUGUUAACUGCAUCAUAGAGCCAAGAGUUUUUGUGGCUCUCAGCAAAGCUAAGAUGAUUUCCCCUGAUGGCACUAGCAAGUCAUUUUCUAGCACAGCUGAUGGCUAUGGCAGAGGAGAGGGCUGUGGAAUUGUUCUACUGAAGCCUCUGAAAAAAGCACUUCAAGAUUUUAAUCCAAUAUGGGGCAUCAUAAGCAAAACUGCUGUAAACCAGGAUGGUCACACUGUCACUCCAAUCACAAAGCCAUCCAUGGUACAGCAAGAGGAGCUACUCAGCAGAAUUUAUUCUACAGAAAACGACCUUGCAAAUGUCCAGUAUAUAGAGGCUCAUGGAACUGGGACUCCCAUAGGAGAUCCAAUCGAGGCACAAAGUAUCUCUACAGUCAUUGCCAAAGCCAGACCUCCAGGAUCAGGACCGCUCUACGUUGGCUCUGUCAAGGCUAACAUUGGACACACGGAAUCUGCAGCAGGAGUUGCAGGACUGAUUAAGGUACUGUUGAUGAUGAAACAUGAAACAAUUGUCCCUUCAGUUUUCUAUUCAGAGGACAAUUCCAGUAUAGAUGCCAAAGCUCUGAAUCUGAAAAUUCCAACAAAGGCAGAGAAAUGGGAAAUCAAAGAUAGUGCUGGGAGAGUUGCAGGGAUCAAUAACUUUGGGUUUGGAGGAACAAAUGCACAUGCAGUUGUAAAACAGCACAAAUACACUAACAUUCCAAGAACUGAAGUCAGAAAAUCACAAUAUUUUGUACUCUCAGCAGCCUCAGAAAAAUCCAUUACAAUGAUGAUUGAAGACACAGCAGCACAGAUUAUUUCAGGCAGCAUAGCAGACCUACAAUCCCUUGCAUAUACAUCAGCAUGUAGGAGAAGCCACUUCAAACACAGAUACAGGAAAGCAUUCCUAACAUCAUCUCUGACAGAUUUAAAAGAGAAGUUAACUUCUACCCAGAGCAAAAAAAUAGUAGCAUCUAAGCCAGACCCCAAGUUAGUUUUUGUGUUUUGUGGAAAUGGUGUUACCUACAGAGGCAUGUGCAGACAGCUUCUGAAGAAGGAGCCUCUUUUCAGAGAUAAAGUGAAAGAGAUUGAGGCUCUUUUUCAGAACUACAAAAGCACAAACCUACUUGAAAAACUAGAAACUGAUUCUGAUGAGAGUGAUGACUUUUCAAAACCAGAGGUUAUCCAACCUCUCCUCUUCACCAUUCAGGUUGCUAUUACCAGCCUUCUGAAUCACUGGGGUGUCAGGCCAGAUGCCAUUCUCGGGCAUUCUGUGGGUGAGGUUGCAGCUGCUCAUUGUUCUGGUCUGUUGUCUCUUGAGGAUGCAGUAAAAGUGAUCUAUCACAGGAGUCUUCUGCAGAGCAAGGUCACAGGGGGAAAGAUGUUAGUUGUUAGUAACAUGGCUGUGUCUGAGGUCUUGAAACUCCUCCCCUCUUACUCAGGAAAGGUCUGCUUAGCUGCUUACAACAGUCCUCAGUCCUGUACCCUUUCAGGAGACGCAGAUGCUAUUUCUAGUCUGCACAAAAAUCUGAGCAACUCAGUCAAUAGCCAAAAGCUGUUCCUCCAUGUCUUGGAUGUUCCUGCAGCCUAUCACAGCCAUAUGAUGGAUCCCAUCCUGUUGAAUGUAGAGGAGAGCAUAGGCAGCCUACAAGAGAACAAUCUGGUAACAGAUUUGUUUUCAACCGUCACAGGAAAGAGGUUCUGCCCUCCAGAUUUUACUAAUGGCAAAUAUUGGGCAAAAAAUAUCAGAGAUCCAGUUGCAUUUGAACAGGCAGUGAAAUCAGCAGCUGAUGACAAGAAGAAUGUGGUUUUUGUAGAGAUAGGCCCAAGGAGGGCACUUCAGAGAAACAUCAUAGAAACACUGGGAAAUGGUACGACAGUACUGUGCUCAGUCCAGCCUGAUAAAGAUUAUGAGACAAUACUCACACUUAUAUUGCAGCUAUUUGAGUUGGGUGUCAGUGUAGAUUGGAACUACCUCUAUAAAGGUUGUGAAACUCUGCCAACACCAUUACCAAAGUAUAUGUUUGACAAUGUGAAGAAAGAUGUCAUUAUUGCUGCGAAAAACUCUGGCACCACCACUAGCCACCCAGUGAUUACACAGACGGGUAAAGAUAAUUCAACUUUUAGCUGUGAUCUUUCCUCUCCGUCACUCUUAUACCUACAAGAUCACAAGCACAAUGGUGUUGCCAUCAUCCCUGGAGCCUUUUAUGUUGAACUUGGCUUAGCAGCUGUUAUGGCAAAUGCAAAACCCAAGGUACCGCUCAGCACACUGCAGCUAAGCAUCAGUUUCCAGAGUCCAUUUGUUUUCACCCAAAAUGCACCAGACAUGAAAGUACAAUUAGAUCCAAUGGAAAAUGUGAUAAAUUUUCAAGUACAUUCUCCCUCAGCAACAUAUGCCUGUGGCACAGUAAAAUCAAGCAAAGAGAGAUUACCUGAAGUACACUGCAUUUCACUGGACUGCAUCUACAAGAGAUGUAAGUCAGUUGUGAGCUCUGAAGAAUUCUAUAAGUACCUGUGUCUAGGUGGGUUUCAAUACGGCUCUGUUUUCAAACACAAAGGAGAUGUUUACUAUGGAGAGGAACUCAGAGAGGCCUUUUCAGUCAUAACUAUUCCAGAGGAAUUACUGUCACAUUUACAUGACUAUUGCAUUCAUCCUGUUGUCUUAGAUUACCUAAUGCAACUUGUUCCUGUAACAGUGGCACAUGGUUUCUUGGCAAGACCAGGUUUUCCUUCACAAAUAGGAAGCUUUACCAUUUUUGGACCACUGCAGAAGGAAAUGGCUGUCUAUUUGAGAGCCAUAUAUGUGGGAGUUGAUGACUUUGAAGUCUGUGGUUGCUUCGCUGACAAAGAGGGCAGAGUUUUGGUUGAACUCAAGCAUGUGAUGGUCAAAUACCUGGGGAGUCGUUUGCGUGUGGUUGAGGAGUACUUUUACCACAAUAGUUACAGCGUCAUCUCAGAGAACAUCGGCUUGAAGUCACCACCAACAGCACUAGUUUUUGCUGAUCAGUUAGGACUCUCUAGAGCUUUGCAGCCACACUUGAGCCCCACAUCUAGAUACAUAUCCUUCUCACAUGCUGAGUUAUUACUCAAACAUGGAUUUGCAGCUUUGUUGUCUGAACUGAAUAUCUCAAACAUUAAGAAAAAUUUUCAGGAAGUUCUGUUCAUGUGGGGCACUGACGACUUAACUUCUCAAAACACAGAUAAUGUCUUGGAAAGUCUGUCAAGUUGCUGUGAGAUACUCCGUCAAAUAGUUGCAGAGCUGAAGGCAAUUAAUUUCUUGAACCCUAUUAGGACAAUAACCUACCGGUCUACAGAAAGCACAGCAGACCACAUCAGUCCUGGCUUUGCAUUGUCAGGCAUGACAAGAGCUUGUGCUGCAGAGCUGUCAGAAAUGUCUUUUCAACUGAUAGAUAUCAGCUCUGUUUCUGUAGAGAAUAUCAAAGCACUGACUGAAGUGCUCAGCUCAUACCCCUGCAGCAAAUACCCUGAACUGGUGGUGAAAGAUGGUCAGGUCCUUAAACCUUACAUCAUUCACACACCAUAUCUUUCCAUGGACACUUGUAAGAACAGUGUCCAUUUUUCAAAGAGUGAAAACUUUAUCUUGCAAACUUCUGACCCAUACAAAAUGACACAGGUUUCAGCCAUCCCAUCAGACAAUUUGGUUGACCACAUUCAAGAAAAAAGUGUUGAAGUUCAGCUAAAUAAAAUUUGUGUUCACAGCUCAGACUACUUUCCAGUCAGUGUCACAGACCUGACAUUUGGUUCAACAGUAUACUGGAACAAUCACACAACUCAGAACCACAAGCUUCUGGCUCUUGACUUCAGCGGCACUGUAACAGCAGUAGGAAAAGCUGUACACAAACUGAGAGUAGGUGAUCAGAUCAUCUCUUGCUAUCCUGUUGCUGCUUCUUCCAAGGUUGUUGUUCCAGAGGCUGUUUGCUAUAAGACAAAGAGACUCCCAUGUUUGGGGGCUGUACCAUGUGUCUCAUACAUCAUACUUGCUUGGGAGCUUUUAAACUCUGUGUUGCCUAAAGCAAAACAGCAGAGAAAGUUGGGCAUUUUGUCCUGUGUGCCUGAUUCAGGUUUGCUCAGGGUCCUCACCGUUACAACAAACAAUUCGGGAUGGAAGACCAAGGUGGUGACAAAUGCUAAUCAAUUAUCCCAGUGUUUUCAUGGAUUUGAGGCAAUACUCCUCUUGCCUCCUUUUGAUGAUUCCCUCAUCUCUGACAUUUAUUGUAUUUCUGGUGUCAGAGACAUUGUGCUUGUCAGUGGAACCCCCCUAGAUUCUUCUGUGACUCAAAGCAUUUUCAGAGGGGAAAAUGAUGAGAUCCACAUGCACAUUCUCCUCAUGUCUAACAUUAUGCAGAAGUGGUCACUCAAAGCACACAUGCCACAUAUCUACCGGUGGCUGAAGUCCUUACAUUUGGACAGAAACUCAUUGGCUUUUGAGACAACUGUCUUUCAGAGAAUGAAAACCAAAGAUAUUGAUUUGCUGCCAGUAGAGACAUCUGGAUCAUAUUUCAGCUGCCAAACCAUGCCUGUUGUUCUUCUGAAAAAUGGUAACAAAGAACAGCUCUCUAACAUUUCACUUUUGCCAACAUCUAAAAAGCUUUUCCAGAAGAAUUCGGUAUAUAUUGUUACAGGUGGACUGUCUGGGCUUGGUUUUGAGACUGUUAAGUUCGUUUCCCAGAGAGGGGCAGGGAAUGUUGUCAUUUUUUCAAGAACUAAUCCUAACCCUAAAAUGAAAGAAGAGAUCAGUAAUGUACAGAAUCAGUGUGGCUCUUUUAUUACUACACUGGAAUGUGAUGUUUCCAUCUCUGAACAAGUAAAUCAAGCAGUUGCUGAGAUUGAGAGAAGGUUUCCCUCUUGCCCUAUCAAGGGGGUAUUCCAUAGUGCUGUUGUCCUUCAUGAUGGACUAAUUGAAAGCCUGAACAAAUCUCUCUAUGAGAAGGUCAUGCGUCCAAAGGUGAAUGGAGUGUUGAAUCUGCACUAUGCCACUCGGCACUGCAAGCUGGAUUACUUUGUGUGCUACUCUUCCAUUUCGUCUUUCCUUGGCAAUGCAUCUCAGACAAACUAUGCCUCUGCCAAUUCAUUUAUGGACACCUUCUGUCAGUAUCGCAGGAAUAUUGGACUUGUUGGUCAGUCGAUAAAUUGGGGUGCCCUCAAUCUUGGUCUCUUAUUGAACAAAGACCAUUUUAAAAGAUUUCUGGAGGCAAAAGGUAUGAUGGUGUUAGAAGUAACAGAAAUCCAUGAGAGCCUUGAGCAAUGUCUACUGUUAAAUAAACCUCAACAGGCUAUAUGCAGGUUCAACUUUAGAAACAUCAGGUACAAUGUCUUGUCUCAAAACACGUCUUUGACUAUGCGAUUGUCUGCAUUAGUAGAGGAGGGACUCAGAAAGGCCAAAAUGAUAGAUUCACACCUUGAGCAAAAUACAUCAGUCUGCUCACCAAAUGAGUAUAUCAGAUCUGUAAUCAGUGAAACAGUUGGUGUUGAACAAAAUGAGCUGAAUGAUGAAACCACUUUGUGUGAUUUGGGCAUAGACUCCAUGCUAGCUAUGACUCUGCAGAACCUCAUUUUCCAAGAAAAAGGAAUAAGUGUUCCCCUUGUGAAAUUAUUGGACCCAAACAGCACUCUAUCAACUUUAGUGAAAGUUUUGAUGGAAAACACUGAGGAGGAGUUCCUGGAUAUCAGGGAUCAGACCACAGUCCCAUUACAUGGUACGGAUGAAUCAACAAGAUUGUAG